UCAACGGAAGAUUUUAGACUUCAUUAACAUUCACAUUAUUCAUAGUGACGUACAGCUAGUUAUUAACAGCUAGGACAAAGAUUUUGUCGAGUUAACACGGUAAACGAAUUUAUCCCCCCAAGAAAGACAAAAUGAAAGUGUUAUUAGGACUAUGUUUAUUUUCUAUUGCUGUCUACCAUGUUUCGGCCCUGGAAUGCUACAACUGCAUUGGUUGUAAUGAUGAAUUCAAGGCUGACAAUGUUUCUAAGGACACUUGCACUGGUUCGUGCAUGAAGACUAAAACAGAUGGGAAUGUAAUUAGAAACUGCCUGCCGAGCAUAAAGAAGGACGAGUGCGAGGAAAAAGACGGUGUCAGCGUGUGCGUCUGUACGUCAAACCUGUGUAACGGAGCGUCAAUUGAAACCAUGUCCACCUUUGCUGUCAUCACGACCUUCGCGUGUGUCUUUCUAAAUAUCUUCAGAAAUAUCUUCUAAUACUGUUAAAAGGAACUAUAUCCUGUACAUACAACACUUAUAUUAAUGUUUUAUUUUCUCUUUUUU